UUAUUUUUGAAAUCUGACUGGAAGUUGUUUUUGUGCUGUGUGACUUGACAGUGUUGGAUCAGGUCAGGGAGGUUGAAGGAGUGCUUAGUGUUGCAGGGAAGAGUUACUAUGGCAGACGUUCUGUACUUCAUUCUGCUUUUAUUUUUGCAUCGUGGAUCAUUUGUUCUUGUUUCAGCCAGAACUGUUCAAGACACAACUGCACUGAGAUCCACUGUAAAUGCAGCUUUUACUACAAGCCCUUUCUCUGCAAAAACAACCAACACUCCAAACACUACUGAUGUUCCCACCACAGGAUUCACAGCCAGUUCUAGGAAGUCAACAGUUAAAGCUCUGCCAACCACCACAGCUGAAGAGGCUGAUAAAACAGCAGACGGACAAAGUCCCAGAAGGGAGUCUGAAGAAGAAGAAGAGGGUCCUGUGGAAUUAGAAUGUCCUCCACUGGGUCUGGAGUCACUAAAAGUCAAAGACACUCAGCUGAGAGCCUCGUCCUACAAACGCAGAGGCCUGGGCCCCCACCGCGGCCGCCUCAACAUCCAGUCUGGGAUAAUGGACGGUGAUAUCUAUGACGGCGCCUGGUGCGCUGAGUACAAAGACAAGGAGCAGUGGCUGGAGGUUGACACUCGCCGACUGACUCGCUUCACUGGUGUCAUCCUGCAGGGUCGCAACUCCAUCUGGAGUUGGGACAUGGUGCAUACCUACAAGGUGCAGUUCAGUAACGACUCGCUGGUGUGGACGCCAUGUCUGAACGGGACUGAGGAGGCUGUAUUUGAAGGGAACCAGGACACAGAGACAGCCGUCCUCGCCCUGUUUAACAUAUCCACAGUGGCUCGUUACAUCCGGAUCAACCCGCAGACCUGGUACGAGAAUGGGACGAAGGGAGACAUCUGCCUGAGAGCCGAGGUGUUGGGCUGCACACUCCCAGAUCCAGGUAAUGUCUAUGCAUGGCAGACAGAGCCAACAGAGUCUAAAGACAAACUGGACUUCAGACACCACAACUACAAGGAGAUGAGAAAGCUGAUGAAGUCAGUGAAUGAGGCGUGUCCUGACAUCACUCGUAUCUACAGCAUCGGAAAGAGCUACACAGGCCUGAAGCUCUGUGUCAUGGAGAUCUCUGACAACCCUGGGAAGCACGAAGUGGGGGAACCUGAAUUCCGCUACGUCGCAGGGAUGCAUGGGAACGAAGUGCUGGGCCGGGAGCUCCUGCUUAAUCUGAUGCAGUACAUGUGCCAAGAAUACAAGCGGGGUGACCAGCGCAUUGUCCACCUGGUGAAGGAGACUCGCAUCCACCUGCUGCCCUCUAUGAACCCUGAUGGAUAUGAAACGGCUUUUAAAAAGGGCUCGGAGCUGGCAGGUUGGGCCAUGGGGCGUUACAGCUAUGAAGGCAUCGACAUGAACCACAACUUUGCUGACCUCAACUCAGUCAUGUGGACCGCCAUCGAGCUGGAGAAGGACCAGUCCAAACUGAUCAACCACUACUUCCCCAUCCCUGAGCAGUACACCUCUGAAGAAGCCUUUGUGGCAUCAGAGACUCGAGCUGUCAUCAGCUGGAUGCACAGCAUCCCCUUUGUUCUUGGUGCUAACCUCCAUGGUGGAGAGCUGGUGGUCACCUACCCGUACGACAUGACCCGGGACUGGGCCCCUCAAGAGCACACUCCCACUCCUGAUGAGAGCUUCUUCCGCUGGUUGGCCACAGCGUACGCCAGCACCAAUCAGGUGAUGUCCAACCCAGACCGGCGGGCCUGCCACAACAAGGACUUCCUCAGAUACAACAACAUCAUCAAUGGAGCCGACUGGCACAACGUACCAGGAAGUAUGAACGAUUUCAGCUACCUCCACACCAACUGUUUCGAGGUGACAGUGGAAUUGUCCUGUGAUAAAUUUCCUCAUGCCAGCGAGCUUCCUAUCGAGUGGGAGAACAACAGAGAGUCCCUGCUGGUUUACAUGGAGCAGGUUCACCGUGGAAUUAAGGGGGUGGUUCGGGACAAAGACACAGAGGCUGGUAUAGCAGAUGCCAUCAUCAAAGUCGAUGACAUUGAUCAUCAUAUUCGAUCAGUGGCUGGUGGCGACUAUUGGCGGCUGCUGAAUCCCGGCGAGUAUCGGGUGACAGCCACCGCAGAGGGUUACUUCCCCUCCUCCCGCACCUGCCAGGUCAUGUACGACCACUACCCCACAAUCUGUGACUUUCACCUCGCCAAGAUGCCCGAACACAGGCUAAAGGAGAUUUUGGCAAAGAGAGGGACACUUCCUGAAGACCUGCAGCUCAGGCUGCGCCAGCUCCGUCUACGUAAGCUGCGUGUCACCACCAAGACAAUCAACCAGAGGCGUGCUGCUGCCAAAAGAGCAAAGAGGGUGUGACGAUGAG